AGUCAAGAGGUCUUCCCCACGUUGGGGGCUCCGUCUCUCCUCAUCCAAGACGUUCACCCCACACCAGCUUUUGCGGAGGUGUUGUUUGCUUCUUUACUUACCGCUAUUUAUACAGGACGAAGCAAACAUCGAAAGAUAAAAGACCGUCACUAGAAAACUCGUCAACAGCUAUAAAGAGUGGUGUUAGUUUGUAAACUCAAGCAUUGUUAUCCAGAAUCGCUGUGCAAACUCCAAAGUUACGACCUGCGUCUAUACCAUCGGCAGAUCAUCCAUCACAUAGUUAGGAUGGACAACUCCAAGGCCCACGAGCCUCUCGGUGCGGCCAAUUAUGACAAGGAGGCGGUACAGCACAGAGAGGACAUCAUCGAGGAGGCCGCUAGAAGCAAGGGCGUGGACGAGGAGCAGAUCACCCAAUUUCGACGCUUUAAAGAGGCCGAUGUAGAGUGGCACCGAAGCAUGCAUAAGCAGCUGAUGAGAAAGGUAGACUGGCAUCUGCUGCCGCUGCUGGUGUUGAUGUAUCUCCUCAACUUCCUUGAUAGAAAUAACUUGUCACAAGCUCGUCUGGGGACCCUGGAGCAAGAUCUAGGAAUGUCAGGAACCGACUUCAACCUGGCGACGAGCAUCUUGUUCGUGGGCUAUAUCCUAAUGCAGCUCCCUUCCAACCUAAUGCUCACUCGAGUGAAGCCAUCACUAUACCUCAGCAUUGCAAUGACCGUGUGGGGAAUUAUUUCCACUGCACAAGCAGCUACUCAUUCUUUUGGCGGUCUCGUGGCCGCUCGCUUCUUUUUAGGCUUCGCAGAAGCGCCAUUCUUUCCAGGAGCAAUCUUCCUGAUGUCGAGUUGGUAUACCCGUAGUGAGAUGGCUCACAGAGUUGCCUGGUUUUAUUCAGGCAGUGCAUUAGCCAAUGCCUUCGGUGGUUUCAUUGGCGCUGGUGUUCUGACGAACUUGAGCGGUGCACACGGCAUCUCCGGAUGGCGUUGGCUCUUCAUCAUCGAAGGGACUAUCACUAUCGCGGCUGCCAUCCUCGCUGGCUUUAUCUUGCCCAACUACCCUACAAAUACGAAGUGGCUGACCCCUGAGGAGCAAGCGUAUGCUCAAUGGCGGCUGAUUGAAGAUACUGGAGAGGCCGAUCUUGCUAACUCAACCUCAGUCAAGGAGGGAGUCAAACUAGCCUUUAAGGAUCCCAAACUAUACCUUUUCACACUUCUUCAGCACGUUUCCAUUCUAUCGCAAGCCUUCCAAUAUUUUUUCCCUAGCAUUGUUCAGACUCUCGGGUAUGGAACAACCAUCACUUUGCUCCUGACUGCGCCCGUCUGGAUCGCCACCUUCCUCGUCUCCCUAGUUGUCACUUACACAUCGAGUCGUUUCAACGACCGCGGCAUUCACAUCAUCUGCUUGAUGCUGAUAUCUGUUAUUGGAAACAUCAUCGCGGUGUCCACUCUCAACACAGGAGCACGCUUUCUUGCCCUCUUCCUCUUGCCUAUUGGCGCCGUCACAUCUUAUCAGAUUAUCCUUGCCUGGGUGGCCAACAGCUUUCCCCGUCCGCUCGUGAAGCGCAGUGCAUGCAUAUCGUUUGCCAACCUGAUCGGUAACGUAGCAAACAUUUACGGCAGCUACAUGUACCCGGCUUCUGAUGGGCCUCGAUACCUUCCUGGCGGCGCUGCUACAGCUGGUGUCGCAUUCUUGUGCGCAGUUCUUGCCUUGGUCACGAGAUUGGUGUUGCAACGUGAUAAUAAGAAACUAGCAGAGCGUGAGGCGGCUGCUGAGUCCGGAGGCACAGUUGCUCAUGAUUCGGAAAUCAUUGUUCCUGGCUUCAGAUAUAUCUUGUAGCGCUGUUCUAGUAUAACUGAAUGGUUGCGAAUCGGUUGCAGCUGAAGCUGCGCAUACUCGCCACAUGUUGUGUCUCAGCAUUCGUAUUAUACAACAGAUGGGCUUUGGAACCUUGGGCGUUUCGAUUCAAUUGCCAUCGUCCAUAAACACAUUGGUUUGCGCGC